AUGAGUAGAUUCUCUAUUUUAUCGAAUGAUAUGGACAAGGUGCAUUCUGUCUAAGGGACAAGUCUUUGGUUAGGAAGUUUGAAGGCUGCCAAGAAUUCUUGUCUUUUACGAUUAAAUAACAUCAAAACUGUGAUCACAGUAGCCAAUAAUAUCACUCUUAAAAUAGAGAAUUUCAAGCAUCAUGUAUUUAAUAAUUAUAUGAUAGAUUUUUAGUAUUGAAGAUAGUACUUCAUUUCGCAUAAUUGAUUAUUUCUAACAAAUUAAUGAAGUUAUAGAAGAGGGAUUAAGAAAUGGAUCAGUUUUGGUACAUUGCGUGGCAGGAAUUUCCAGAUCAAGUGCAUGUGUGAUAGCCUAUUUGAUGUAGUCUCAAGGAUGGUCAUAUGAAAAAACAUAUUACUAUGUGAAAGAAAAACGAUUAACAAUUAAUCCCAAUCCAGGUUUCAAGAAAUAGUUGAUUCAAUAUAGCAAAAUAUUAGAAAAGCUUUAAAAUACUAAGAGUUCAAAUGAGUCAACUCAAUCGAGCAGAUAAUUGCCUUCUCCUAGAAACAUGUAGAAUAUUUACAUUUUAUAAUCAUUAGACAUUAAUCCCCAUAGGAUUUUAUUUUGCAAUUAAUCAAAAAUAACAUUAAGUCACCAAGCAGAAAGAUAGAAUAAUUAGAUUAAUCUUCAACGAUGGAGGACAGAGAAAUAUACAGAUUUUAAUUGGCAUAAAAAUUGUUUGCUCAGAGUCUACAGAGCAAUAGUAAAAAGACAGUUCAAAAAAUGUCUGACCAAUUUACAAUUAAUACUCCUCCUAUCAAAAUGAAUAUCUGCAACACCAUUGAUUACUUUUCAUAAACUGAUAGACUAUUUUGA